UGUGGCAUCGUCAUGGCAGGAGGUCGGAUCUUCAUCCAGAGCGACUGGGCACGGGCCUUGUGGGAGAAUGAGAGGGAAGCUUGGGUUUCCUGUAAAAUUCCCGGAGCAGCUACUUUAUAUGGCUAUAUAAAGUGCCAAGGGGUUGGCAAGGAUGGCAUUCCAGUAGUCACAGCUUCGGAAGGAUUUGAAGUAAUUGAAGUUACAAAGAAAAGUAUUUUAAUUUCCUGUCCAGAUGGGAAUACAGCCUCAAAAUUUCUCAUGCCUUAUGCAGUCUUUUCUAGAAUACACACCAAGAGUAUAACCAGCAUGGAUAUAUCCAGUGGUGGGGGUCUGGGGGUAUCCUGCAGUACAGAUGGAACCAUGAGAGUCUGGCAGGCCAACAAUGGUGAAAUGAGGAGAGAACUGGUUGGCCACAUAUAUGAUGUGAACACUUGUAGAUUUUUUCCAUCUGGUGUUGUCGUUCUAAGUGGAGGAAUGGAUGCUCAGUUAAAGAUCUGGUCUGUCGAAGAUGGAAGUUGUUCUGUAACUUUAAGUGGGCACAAAGGAGGUAUUCUUGAUACAGCAAUUGUAGAACGUGGAAGAAAUGUUAUCUCAGCCUCUAGGGAUGGAACAGCAAGGUUAUGGGACUGUGGCAUGUCCACCUGUAUUGCAGUUCUAACAGACUGUGAGACUCCAAUUAAUGGAUGCUCAGUUGGGAUUGCUGAAAACACAUUGAAUUUGGGUUCUCCUAAGCAUCAAAUAAGUGAACGUGAAAUAGGAACUGAGGGAAAAUUGUUACUUCUAGCUCGUGAAGAUAGAAAACUGCAAAGCAUUGGACUGCUCAGCAGAGAACCAAUAUUUAUGUUUGAGGGAUCCGAUGCCUUCAACUGUUGUACUUUCUUUUCAAGUACCUAUGUCCUUGCAGGCACACACGAUGGUAACAUUUAUCAACUGGAUAUCCGAAAUACAAGAACACCCGUACAGGUUAUCCAUCGAUCAGGUGCUCCAGUCCUUUCCUUGUUGCCCUGUAGAGAAGGCUUUAUGGCUAGCCACAGUGAUGGAAGUUGUUACAUUAUUCAGCAGGAUCAAGAUUAUGUCAUUGAAUUUACAGGGCCUGACUGUGACCCCAUAUAUCAGGUUGUUGUGAGGGAAAAGUUUGCCUACACAUGCUCCAGGGACAGUGUUGUUCGGAAGUACCAACUACAGAAUUUCUGAACUCUUUAAAGCAUUGUUCGUGGGAGAGUGCAGUAGAUAACUGCAGUCUCACUUAGUCUUUCAUCUACUGUUUUUAUGGAACAAAACUUCUUUUUAGUUAAAAACAAUUCAGAGCUUAGCUCUGUAGAUUAUAAUACAGUCUCUGUGAUUUGCUGUAUAUUGCUUGCAUCAGCAAAUAGAAGACAAAUUACACAGAAAAAAAAAUGAAGCAGCUGCUUUGUGGUAAUUACAUUGCAUUAUUUAGUGUGAUUUUUAAUCGUAUGAUAAAAUCAUAUUAUAGUCUCUAUUAAAUUGAGUUCUUUGAAUACGCAAUGGAGUUUCGUUCAAUGCAGUUUGAGAAAAGUACCUAAGACAAUAAACACACUUUUGUUUCCACUUCUUUAAAAAAUAAUUUCUUGUCAUGCUAAAAUUUUAAGUUGGCUAGGAUUGCUUUUAUACACUUCUCGGUAUUUUUAAUUUUGACCUGUGAUUAUGUCUUGCGGAUCACCCAUAAUUUGCUGAUUAUACAAGCAAUUCCCCAAUCCUCUUAUAGCUUUAGACAUUUCAGAUAAAUGCAGGCAGCACGAUAGCAUACUGGUUAGUGUAACGCUAUUACAGUGUCAGCAACCCGGGUUCAAUUCUGCCAAUGUCUGUAAGGAGUUCGUAAUGUUCUCCCCAUGACCACGUGUUUCUUCCAGGUACUCUGGUUUCCUCCCACAUUUCAAAGACAUACAGGUUAGUAGGUUAAUUGGUUACAUGGGUGUAAUUGGGCAGUGUGAGCUCAUUUGGCAAGAAAGACCUGUCACAGUACUGUAUCUCUAAAU